CUUCCACCCCCCCCAACCCCUCCGGUCCGUUGCGGGGAAUGUGCGGCUCCUCGUCGGCUGCUCUCCAACUUUGAGCAUCUCUGUGCGCUCAUGGUGAGCGGCGGACGCAGAGGAUGGGAGUAACCUGGUCCUCCAGAUGCCUCGCUCUCUUCCUCGCUCUCCACAUAGUCUCUGUGCUGCAGACGGUGCUGGUCAGUGCGGGUCAAUGUGACUCGGUGUUUAAAGGCUUCUCGGACUGUCUGAUCCAGUUGGGGGACAACAUGGCCAACUAUCCCCAGGAGCUGAACGAGAGGGAGAGUCUGCACAAGAUCUGCACUUACUGGGACAACUUCCACGCCUGCGCCACGACGGCGCUGGCGGACUGCCAGGAGGGGGCCACGGACCUGUGGGACAAACUGAAAAAGGAGUCGCGCAACCUGAAUUUCCGUGGGAGUCUGUUUGAACUCUGUGGCGGGAACGGAGCCCCCAGGUCGGCCCACCCGGCGGGGCUGGUCCUGCUCCUCUCCACGCUGCCCACCAUACUGACUUGGCUGGCGUUUUAACGGAGACGAGGAGCAACGACCAGAGGGAACAAAAAAUACAAGAGGGAAAAAAAAAAAAAAAAGAGGACA